UAAUUUCACAUCACUAAGUCUCUUUUUGUCCCGAAUCGCGCACGUAUUUGUGCGAUUUGCGUUUUGUCUUGUCCUUAAAUUUUUCGAAGUCCCUACACACAACAAGAUGGGUAGGGAGGACAAGGCUACUUGGAAGACCAACUACUUUACCAAGAUCAUCACCCUGUUGGAUGACUAUCCAAAAUGCUUCAUAGUGGGCGCAGACAAUGUGGGCUCGCAGCAAAUGCAGCAGAUCCGUAUAGCCCUCCGCGGUAGCAGCAUCAUAUUGAUGGGCAAGAACACCAUGAUGCGGAAGGCCAUCAAAGACCACCUGGAGACCAACCCCGCUCUUGAGAAGCUGCUCCCUCACAUCAAGGGAAACGUUGGCUUUGUGUUCACCCGUGGAGAUCUAGUUGAGGUCCGUGACAAGCUUCUGGAGAACAAGGUCCGUGCUCCGGCCAGGCCUGGAGCCAUUGCGCCACUGGCUGUGGUGAUUCCAGCGCACAACACUGGCUUGGGACCUGAGAAGACUGCCUUCUUCCAGGCACUCUCCAUCCCCACUAAGAUUUCCAAGGGUACUAUUGAAAUCAUCAACGAUGUGCACAUCCUGAAGCCUGGAGACAAAGUGGGCGCUUCAGAAGCUACUCUUCUGAACAUGUUGAACAUCUCCCCCUUCUCGUACGGUCUUGUCGUCAAACAGGUGUAUGACUCUGGUACCAUCUUCGCGCCGGCCAUCCUGGACAUCAAGCCCGAGGACCUGCGCGCCAAGUUCCAAGAGGGCGUGGCCAACGUGGCGGCGCUGUCGCUGGCCAUCGGCUACCCGACCGUGGCGUCCGCGCCGCACUCCAUCGCCAACGGGUUCAAGAACUUGCUGGCCAUCGCCGCUGCCACCGAUGUCGAGUUCAAGGAGGCCACCACCAUCAAGGAGUUUAUCAAGGACCCGAGCAAGUUCGCCGCCGCAGCCGCCGCGCCCGCCGCCGCCGCCGCGCCCGCAGCAGAGAAAAAGGAAGAAGAGAAGAAGCCCGAGAAGGAAGAGUCCGAGUCCGACGACGACAUGGGCUUCGGUCUCUUCGACUAAGCCAACAGGAUUCAUUUGCCACUGUAGACUAUACACUGUCUCUUGUACUAUCUUAUUUUCGUACUGGUUUUCAUUAUUUGUUGUUUCUCCAAUAAUUGGAUGUUUGUGUAAGUAGUGAAGAGCGGAGUGUAGUGUGUAUUGGCAAAUGCGUGUGGAUGUUCGCACACUCGUGUAAAGUAACACCGCCGGGUUUGGACACCCAUGUGGCGGUUGCUUUUAUUGGUGUAAGUGAAUAAAUCUACUUGAAAAGUA